CAGGUCUUUGGCUUGCAGCCAUGGCAGGCAAGGGCCGUGGAGUGGCUGCCUUCACCUUCAACAUCGAGGCUCUGGGCAUCAGCAGAGGCAGCAUGCCAGAGACCAGGGUGGGGCCCAGUCCACUGUUUCCACACACAGAUUUUAAGCCUGUGCCAUUGAAAGAUGGAGAGGAUGACAACUAUAUGCUGGCAUUAAAACAGGAAAUGAGAGGAAUAAUGCAACAGCGACCACAUAACAUCAAGCCCCUGAACAAUAAAGCUGAGGUGGAGAGAUACACGGAGCGUUACCUCAAGAAAUUAAAAGUGGAAGAUGAAGAAUGGACUCCUGAUUGGAACCUUUUCCCAAAAGAAUUGAUGCCCCAAAAGAAGAAAACGCAUUCAAAGACCGGGACAAAGAGAAAAGCUGUCAAAGUAACACAUAAAGAUGCAGAGGCAGUGCUCAGUAAAUUAGAUGAAUUGGCCAAAAAAGAUGAUGGAACUACAGAAAACUCUGAUGAUGAAAAAGAAAAAAAGAAAGAAAAUGAAGAGGAGGAACUUGAAGAGGAGGAAGUGGAUGAGGAGGAUAUUGAAGAGGAAAAUGAUUACAUUGAAAGCUAUUUUGACAAUGGAGAGGACUUUGCUGCAGAUAGUGACGACAACAUGGAUGGUGAAGCUACGUAUUGAGAAUUUCUAGUUCUCCCAUUUUCAUUUCCAGGUUAAAUUAGAGGAUCAAGUGUAGAAGAGAGAUUCCCUUAUCAU